AUGCAGCAGGAGCCAAUCUGUACUGUGCUCUUCUGUAGUACGAAGGUCUUGGCCGAGCGUCAAUGGCAGAAGGCCAAGGACAUGAAUGCACAGAAGCCCAAAAUCUAG